ACUCUGAGCUUGUCCUUUUAGCUUCGUCUACAAUACAGAUGUCUGAACCGCUCCGCCUUAACUGCUUCACCUUGGAUGAUAAUCCUCGUCCUAAUAAGAUUUUCCCAGUCCACAUUGCGCAGACGCAGACUGUUGGUGACCUCAAAGAGGUCAUCAAAGACAAGAAUAAGCAUCGAUUCGAUGGUUUUGAUGCUAACGAUCUGGAGCUAUGGAAGGUCGACCUGCCUGUCGACGAGACGAUCAAGGACAAUCUCAACAAUCUUACACUUGACCCAAUGGAAUCCCUAUCACCCGUGAAGAAAUUGCAAAAAGUUUUCUCUGAAAUACCUGAGGAUGAAAACCUGCAUAUUGUUAUCCGGGCCCCACCUGCCGUGUCUUCUGGACCACUCCACCUCAAAUGCUUUAUGGUGGGCGAUGAUCCUCGCCAUGUAUUUGAGAUUGAGAUUGCACCGACAGAAAGUGUCAGCGGCCUCCAAAAGGUUAUCAAGGACGCGAAGAUGCGACGUCUUGACCGUGUUAACGCGGACGAUCUCAAGCUAUGGAAGGUAAAGAUCAAUUUGGACGACCUACACUUACUCCGCACGAUCGGAGGCGAAUCCGUGGAGUUGAAGCCGUCAACCAAACUGUCCACAAUGUUCACGGAUGGAGUAGAUGACAGAUGUGUCCAUGUCAUCGUACAGCGUCCUGCCGUUGCACGACUCUUUCCAAUUGUUGAACAACGUCUCGCGUAUCUCAAGAAGGGCGCAGGUACUCCGUCAGCUGGUGCAAGACCGGCCGCAUUCUCUCUAACGCAGGACAACCAAGAGUACCUUUGCAAUCGUCCUCGCGAAGCUGCGAACCCUGUUCCAGUCACUCUUCUCGAGCCUAUCUUCGCCGAGUUCGUGGAUGAUUGUCAAAAUCGACAACCAACCGACCACGAUAACGACCUUGUUUGGCAACUUUCAGAAACGAUGUGCGCCUUCUAUAAGGAUGAGCUCGCGCGGAUGGAUGCAUUUCGGGAUGUGCUCUGCAAGUACGGUAUCAUACUCGAUCCUUCUAUGGUUGGCGGGACAAAAUGUGUAACAGACGGACAUCUUUUGUCCUCCGACGGAAUGUUUGUACAGGUGAUACUGAAGGGGAAGAACGAGAUUGGAAGCGGCGCUGCCGAACCAUUCCUGGAGGCAAUGUUGUACCACCGCAAGUUUAUGGAAGAGUCGAAGAUUGAGAUAGCCAACCUCUGGUCUGUCUUUCCGUGCAUCCAUAUCAUUGUCUUCGGGGCAUGCAUUGGCUUUGCAGGCUCUGUUUUGACAAACAAGGUCCAGUCUGAGAUCCUGGGCCCUAUCAUUCCUCUGUUUUGGCAUUCGACAGACGUCCGUUUGCAAGUGAUGGCGGCUCGUACUUUUGGGGCUCUCAAAAUCGCCGUCGAGAAACUCACAAAUCUGUACUCCCAUGACAUUCCGACCGUCGAAUCCAAAAAUCAAUGUCCAGGAUAUCCUCAUCCUCGAAGUUAUAUCAAUUCAACCUCAACCGAUGGCAUUCAGGAAUUCUCGUAUGAUGAGACUCAAAUCCUCAGGGAUCAACUUAUCUUCUUCGGGGAAACCGUCGGCGAUGCGGCUGGGAGCAAGAUAUGUAUCAAGUUCGUCAGACACUAUUCCCCUGAGGCCCACAAAUUCUGUGCCGGCAAGGGGCGCGCUCCCAAACUUAUCGCCUACGAUCCUUUACCCGGCGGCUGGAAUAUGGUGGUUAUGGAUGCCCUUGAUAUUGAUGAUGAUCACUUCCCGCAACGGCCUGGCUCAUAUCGACAGCUCAGUAAGAUAGCCGUUGUGGACCGCCAGCCGCUGAAGGAGACCAUAACCUCUCACAUCCAGGAGUUACACAAUGCCGGCUACGUUCAUGGCGACGUUCGGGAUGCCAAUUUUGUUGUGAAAGACAACAAAGACUUCAUGCUGCUCGACUUCGAUUGGGCUGGACCGAAGCAAGAGACCCAAUAUCCGAUACGUGUUAAUCGGACGGAUAUUCGACGUCCUGAUGGUGCGCGGGAUGGAGAGAAGAUUAGCACAGAGCAUGACUUGGAGAUGCUACAUUUGGUAUUUGAUCCUGAUGGUUGGAAGCCGCCUGCAAAGCGCCGCCGUGUAGAAGGGUUGGCGAUGACUCCUCUUUCAUAAUUCAUUGUAUCACCAUUCGCUGUAUCACCAAAAGUCCAAUUUGCUUACAUAAUACCAGUCUGUUUAAUGCACCGGGUGACUGCGAGAAAUUCAAGAUUGGCUUCAAC